CGCGCGCUUUUUGUUUGGUGUUUGGCUCUUUGUUUGAGUUCGAUCGGGUUUGCACGGGAUUCUAGUCGUUAAAAUCCGUAAAAUCCCGGGAUAACAACAAGGCAUCACCUCUCUAUGCUCCAAGGGACACUUUAUUGCCUUAUUGACUCACCCGAUUCGACUAUAUUUUGUGCAGAAAUAGCUUUGAUUUGUAGAAAUCGGGCAGAAUCGACACAUAAUCGGAUGCUAAUAUGGCGACGACGAGAAGACAUUCAAUAGGUCAUUCGACCAGGGCACCACUGCGUUCUCAAACCUCACAAAUCAACUCAUCGGCUUCCAAAAAUGGGGAAACCGUCAAGUCGUUUACAAGGUUGAAGGCAAAGGAGGCUGCUAAUAGCGAAGGAUACAAGCAUUUACAAGCAUCAUUUACACCCGACUCUUGUACUAAGAAAGAUCGCUACGCGUCACAACAAAGGCCUCAGGUAAAAAGAAGACUUGAUCUAGAUGAAUCGCCACAGAAAUAUGUUCCUGCAGGGUUCAAGACACCGAAAGUUCGACGUCAAAAGCGAAUGCGACGGGAAUCUGAGCCAUACCCCAUGCCUAAAUUGAUCGCUACUUCUCCCCUUGAGAAAACAAGGUAUGACACCUCGUUGGGAAUUCUGACGAAGAAAUUCGUGGGUUUGAUUCGCGCAUCUGAAGAUGGAGUUUUGGACCUUAAUCACGCCGCGGAGGUGCUGUCCGUGCAGAAAAGAAGAAUAUAUGACAUCACAAAUGUACUUGAGGGGAUAGGUCUUAUUGAGAAAAAAUCCAAAAACAAUAUCAAAUGGAGAGGUGUAAACUUACACGGUGAGGAGAUGCAAGCUCAGAUAUCUCCCCAACUGAUGGACUUGCAUACAGAUCUUGCGGAUCUUGAUGCUAAAGAGAACCAACUGGACCAAUUAAUAGCUAACUGCCGUGCUGAGCUAAAGCAACUGACAGAGGACCCAGAGACUUCUAAAUUAGCAUAUGUGACUUAUCAAGACAUAAGAAGUGUGAAUAAUUUUAAGGACCAGACAGUUAUUGCCAUCAAAGCACCACCAGAAACAAGAUUAGAAGUACCCGACCCAAACGAGAGUAUUCAAAUCUGGCUGAAAAGCAUACGAGGCGCAAUUGAAGUUUACCUCUGUCCUGACGAAAAAGAGGCCAAAAUUUCAUCUCCGAUGAAAAAUCUGUCACCUGUGAUACCCACAGAAUCGUACAUUCCACCCACCAGUACCUCUUCGCCAACAAAACCAUAUGCCACACCCAGUGACGAUACCGUCCCCCUUCACCACUUGCCCAUCAUAAAGGAGAGCCUGUCACCAAUAGUGAGCCCCCAAAAGGGCCCCCUUCUUCAUGCCGAUGACACCCUUCCACACGACCUUGAGGAAGACACCCUCAUCGAACUUUCACCCUCUUUUCCUGAGGAACAGUGUUUGUUUAAUUUAGGUGAGAGUGAUGAAGGUAUUGCAAGUCUCUUUGAAGCCUAUGACAUUUGGGAGUGAGUAGGCUCUAGCCACUUAAUGUGUCACCAAUUAUAAAAGCAUGAAGGUACAUAAGGUAAAUUCAUGAAGCUAGAAGGGGGGGUGUCACCAAUUAUAAAAGCAUGAAGGUACAUAAGGUAAAUUCAUGAAGCUAGGAGGGGGGGUGUCACCAAUUAUAAAAGCAUGAAGGUACAUAAGGUAAAUUCAUGAAGCUAGGAGGGGGGUGUCACUAAUUAUAAAAAACAUGAGGGUACAUAAGGUAAAUUCAUGAAGCUAGGAGGGGGGUGUCACUAAUUAUAAAAACAUGAGGGUACAUAUGGUAAAGAUUUUGUAAAAAACAUUUUCACCAAGACUAAUUUUAAAAAAAAUAUAUUGGGUGUAAUGUAUACACCUGAUUCAAAAAACAUUGUCAGUGCAAACAGCAAAUGGCAGCUCCAAGGUGGAAAGUGCUUAUGGGUACUAAUUAUUCACAAACAUAAAGGUCCUAAAUGAACCCAGCGAUGCCAGAGCCAGACAUCGGUUGUCUUAAAUGGGUUAUGGUAUUAUUAAUCCAUAUUCUCCUGCAUCCAAUUGGAACAUUAUAACACCUAGGAUACCUUUGAUUGUAGAACUGCCAUUUGCCAAUCACCAUUUGCAAUAACAACUUAUUCAAGGUGUAUGACUAAUCCUUUUUUUAGCGCAGAGCUUUCAAUAAGUUCAUAAAAAAGAGCAUCACUUUGAAUUAGCACUUUCCCUUAACUAAAGAAAGCCAAUUAGCACUCGGGGCUCUAAAACAAUCAUUACAUCUAGAUGCAAAAGGUGUUUUCUCCUUAGGUUGUGAAAGUACAAUAAUGCAAUCUUAAUUUGCUGAAACAAUCAGAGAAAGGUACAUUGAGUUACAGUAUUAUAACAAUUAACAAAAAUAAAAGUUAUUUUGAAGAAAAAAUGUAUAUAUUAUUUUUGUUGUCAUCUUUUAUUUUCUUAUAAAAUAUGGUGAAAGCAUUCAAAGUUACAAAGUUGAGUUUUUUUACUAGUGUUCUUUUGACUGACAUGUAGAUAUAUUAAUAAAAUAUUAUUAACAUUGUAGAUUGUCAUAACCAAACUAGUCUCAAAUAACUUUAUUGAUAGGUGUAACACUAUCAAAUUGUAAAUAAUCAAUAAGAAAAACAUGGUGUCUCUUUGAGUACACACCUUAUAUGUAUGAUAAUGUGUAUAUAGUGGUAUUAUUUUCAAUAAAUUGUGUGAGAAAA